AUGGAAAACCCUUUCAUAAUAAAAGUCACGAGACGCCUUAAGCGGAACUGAAAUGUAGUUCAGAGGUAGUUUAAAAAAUUGCAAAUGUAGAAUUUGUUAAUAUAAUUUGUCAGAUGUGAAGUGCAUGCUCCGGUUUAGGAUUGGCUGUGUUUCUUGAACGGUAUGAAACUUUUAUUUUGACGUUUCGUGUGAACAAACUUAAAUGAGAAACGUGCGUUGUGCAGUUUAAAAACAUGGCUGAAUCACAAGGAAAUAUGUAAUGUACUCUAGUGAUUGUAGAAAAGUUGUAGUAGUGCUGCUCUACAGAGUGGGGUGUCAUGACGGGUGAGAUGAAACAGAAGUUGCCCCCUCUUAACUGUCUGGCUUAUUUGUAUCUAUAGCCUAGUUAUAGGGAGACAAAGGGAAAAUGGUGGUCUCAGCAGAUGUUUUCAUCUCAGCAGCCCAGAGGUUUCUCUGUUGUGGGAAGAAGAAGAAACAAAUUCCUCAUUCAUCAUGUCUUGAUAUGGCGGUGCAGAUCAUUGCUGUUGAUCAGGGCCUUAAACCGGCUGUUCUGUACGACCUUAAUGGUGCAUGUGCAGAACAGAUCCAGCGAUAUGUCAGCUCACUGCAGGAGGCUGGAGUACUGACCACAACACUCCGGAUAUUCUCCAUCAAUGGAAGUUGUCUUGUUGUGAACUCUAAUCUGAUGAAGGAACAUUUGAGUGAAGUGCUUAAGAAAAAGAGCCUUCUCACUGUUGAUGUGUGUCCAUGGAAGGAGCAGCCGUCUCUGAUUGUCAUGGAUAGUGGCACCAAGCGUAUGGUCAAAGACAUGCUGGACUUUUUUAUGGACGAAGAGGACGAGCAGCCGUCAGUCAGUGUGGUGGGAGAGGAGCUGUAUGACCGGUGGAACUUGUGCACACUUUUUGGGAUCCUCCUGGGCUAUCCUGCUUCAUACUGGUUUGAUCAAGUGCAGAGUUUUGAGAACUGUCUGAGUAUGACCCCACUAGUGGUAAAUAAAGUUUGGGUCUGCUGGCCAGUAUGUGAUACAAAGCACAGCAGUUGUCUUUACUCAUUCAGUGUCCCUGAAGUGUUGUGGGCAGAAGUCGAUACCUAUAUAAAAACCUGGGUGGAGCAUUUGAGAAGCCAAUUUUGCAAACAGACAGUUUUGACCGAACUCAGUAUUUCAAAGGAAACAGUCACUUUGCCCACUGUAGCCCUGUGAGUGCUUGUGCUUUUAUACGGUUUUAGUGCUCCAAAGCCUUGUUUGUGUUCACCACAGCCCUGAUUUGGAGAAAACUAUAACACACACUUUAAGACGGACUGGCUGAUUUAGAUUUUUUUUUAAGUGUAAUGCACUACUGGCUUCAUGCUGUGUUUCUCCUCAAAAGUCAUUUGGGGGAAAAAGCAUUAUAGAGUAAAUAAUCCACCUCGUUCAUCUUCAUUACAUCUGUUACUGUGUUCCACUUGUGCUUUCUCGACCACUGAUGAUGAUGUUAUGUGUCGGCAACAUGGGCUGAAAAAUAUCAGCCCCAAUAAAAGGGCAUUUCACUCUGUGUAA